AUGUUGAAGCUUUCUACCAUCGGAGCUUGGAUUGGAGUGACUAUCACCGCCCUCGCUGGAGCAGACAAGUAUUUGCCUCCAUACUUUGAAGACUUAACAUGGGAAGCACCGAGAUCUCUCUCAAACUGGUCUAAUUUGACGGUCGAAACCCGGACUGGGACGUUUAUCGGUAUUCUCAAUGAUACGUAUCCCGACGUACGCCAAUUUUUGCGCGUUCCUUUCGCACAACCACCUGUCGGUGAUCUCCGUUGGAUGCCCCCGCAAAAGCUUCCCACUUCGCGCAGAAAAUUUGAUGCCACAUUUUAUGGUCCCGCUUGCCCGCAAUACGUCCAGCGAGAAGACUCGUUCUGGAAGGACUACGAGCCAGGAAGUUUCGUGGUCAACCUCGGGGAGAACCUAACGCAGGGCUCAGUGGCCUGGUCUUCGGCCGAAGACUGCUUGUCUAUCGCGAUAUGGACCCCUGCUUCGGCCAAAAACACGUCCAAAAUUCCGGUGACAUUAUUCGCGACGGGUGGUGCUGGAGUUGAAGGGGGAAUUAGGAUCCCUGCUCAUCUACCAACGCAGUGGGUGUCUCGUUCUCAGGAACAUAUCGCGAUUACUAUGAACUACAGAGUGAAUAUCUUUGGAAACCCCAAAUCUAGGGCUCUUAAAGAGACCUCCCUCAGCUUGUUGGAUAUGAGGGCCGCGGUUGAGUGGAUUCACGAGAAUAUUGAGGCCUUUGGCGGAGAUCCUGACAAUAUCUUCCUUUGGGGUCAAUCGCAAGGAGGUGCCUUAACCCACCUUUACACUCUUGCAUUCCCAGAUGACCCCCUCGUGGCAAGUUAUGGUAUCAUCUCACAAGAACCUGGAACAACUCUUGAUCUCUCUACCACAGAUGAUCCAUAUCUGGACUUUGACAUCGUUGCUAAGGCUCUUGGCUGCAACUACGGCGAUGAUGCCGAAGCAGAGCUCAAUUGCAUGCGCAUGCUUUCUUGGGUGCAGAUUGAGGAGUAUAUCAAUCGCUAUCAAGGCACGACACCAAUAUCGUUUAUGCAGUAUAUUCCGGAUGAAAGAUACAUCUUCUCCAAUGAGACUUUGCGUUAUCUGGAAGGCAAGGUAGCCAAAGGUCCCGCUAUCCGCUCUUUUGCUGCUCGUGAGAUUGCAGCAGGCAACAAUAUCACAUCCUCGCAAGAGAACGCACGCCAGUGGGUCUGUCUCGCGGCUUCGGACACUGCUCUGCGCUUUUCCCAGGGCCUCGAUACAUAUCGAUACUUCUGGGCGGGCAAUUUCACAAACAUCAGCCCGGUCCCUUGGCUGGGAGCCUUUCACUACUCUGAUCUACUCAUGAUCUUCGGCACCUACAUGAAGAAUGUCGGGAAAAUUUCCCAACUCGAGAUAGACACUUCCAACGCCAUGCAAGACUACCUUCUUGCUUUUAUCAAGGACCCUUCCACAGUCUCGCAGAUGGUUGACUGGCCGUUGUUCGACCCUACAGCGUCAGAUGGGGGUCUCAUUAUCGAGUUUGGCAAGGAUGUUCCUGCGAAGAAUAUCACUGGGCUCUACUUGGAUGGGGGCUGUUACAAUCCUUCUAUUCCAUUCCGAGUGGAUGGAUAA